AGUAGUAGAAAAGAAAAAACAAUCAACGACCCAAAAACAGACAAAUAGUUUACCUACAGACAACCAAAAUAAAGAACAGUAACACCUUUCAAAUUCAAUUCAAGAUCUAACAACGAUCAUGCUGCUGCAUACUCUCUAAUCCCUAUGUAAAAAUUCAAAUUAAAUUUCCUUUGGUGACCGUUGAUUCAAGAAAAUCUCCGUUCAAGACUUCUUUUUUCAACAGUCAACUCAUUUCAGUUUCAUCAAGGCAAAGAAAAAUUUGAUUUUGAGAGAUGGGUUUUGUUCAGUGAGCUGAAUGAUGAACAGGGCUGUGUUUAAUUUUGAUAAAUUCUGGGGUUUGUUUUUUGACUGGUGGUGAGAAAUAAUGGGGGAGAAUGCAAUUGGAAGUAUGCGUUCUAAUGCUGCUGCUAUGCAUACAGCGAUGAAUUCUGUGCAGGCAUUAGGGAGAGGAUUCGACGUUAAUUUCGACACGCGGCUGUUGUAUUGUAAAGGGCUGGCUGGGUCUAGAGUUGUUCAGAUUGAUGAGGAGCAUACUAGAAAUCUUUAUUUGUAUGAUGAGGUUGAGUUGCCUAAUGUUUCUAGGGAUAUUAAUAAGUUUCUUGAUUCUCAGGGUAGGCAAAGUUCUGGUGUUUGUAAUUUUCAUGAGAUGGUGGAGUACUUUAAUCAAAAGGCUAACAUAUCUGGAAGCUUUCCCCUUGGUAGCUUCAUUUCUGUAUUUAGCUUUACUGGUUCAAAGCAUAUUGAUGCUGCAAUUACAAAGACCCUCUCGAUGGAUGGAAUUUAUAUUCCGCUUGCCAAGGUUCAGCUUAUGAAAUCCCCAUUAGUGUUGCGUGAAAAUGUCAAGCGGGCUAUCCCAACUAGCUGGGACCCUUCAUCCCUAGCAAGCUUCAUUGAAAAUUUUGGAACGCAUGUUAUUACUUCUGUAACUAUUGGUGGUAAGGAUAUGAUAUAUGUUAAACAACAUAAGUCAUCCCCUUUAUCAACCAUGGAGAUUAAAAACUAUGUUGAGGAUAUUGGAAAUCAGAGAUUCUCUGAUGCAGAGAGUCAUAGAAAUUCUGGUCCUAUGAGACUUAAGGAUAAGAGUGGUGAUUCUGGCUUAUUUAACAGCCAGGGGAUAUAUCCACAACCCACAAGCGCUCCAUACCAUUCUGGAAAAGAAGAUGUCACAGUCAUUUUCCGCAGGAGAGGAGGAGAUGAUUUAGAACAACAUCACACUCGCUGGGCAAGAACUGUGAGAUCUUCUCCAGAUGUCAUUGAGAUGACUUUUGUUCCUAUUACUGAUCUUCUCAAUGGGACACCUGGAAAGGAUCAUCUGACUCGUGCAAUUGGCCUGUACCUCGAAUACAAGCCUCCAAUUGAAGAGCUUAGAUAUUUUCUGGAGUUUCAGAUUCCUAGAAUAUGGGCUCCUGUACAGGGAAAUAUUCCCGGCCACCAAAGAAAGGAACCUGUUUGCCCAUCUCUACAAUUUAGCAUGAUGGGAGCAAAGCUUUAUAUCAGCCAGGAGCAGGUAUCAGUCGGGCGCAAGCCCGUUACAGGCAUGAGAUUAUCUAUGGGAGGAACCAAGCUGAAUCGAUUAAGUAUUCUUAUUCAACACUUAGUAACUCUUCCAAAAAUCCUUCUGCCAUAUUGGGACACCCAUGUGGCUAUUGGUGCUCCGAGGUGGCAGGGACCUGAGGAGCAGGAUAGUCGAUGGUUUGAGCCAGUGAAAUGGAAGAAUUUCUCUCAUGUAAGCACUGCACCAAUCGAGAACCCUGAAAGUUUUAUAAGCGAUCUUUCUGGUGUCUACGUCGUAACAGGAGCUCAACUUGGAGUAUGGGAGUUUGGAUCACGAAACGUCUUGUUUAUGAAACUUUUAUAUUCCAGGCUACCUGGUUGUACUAUUAGAAGAUCUCUGUGGGAUCAUGCUCCAAAUGAUGAUAAAUCAAAGAAAGUUUCUUCUGCAAAUAAUACCAACUCCGGCGACUCAAGUUUAAGUUCAGCAGAAAACACUACAGGCAAGAAAUUGGCAAAAUUUGUCGAUACGUCUGAGAUGACGAAGGGAGCACAAGAUCCUCCAGGUCACUGGUUGGUAACUGGAGGAAAGCUUGGUGUAGAAAAGAAUAAAAUUGUUUUGAGAGUGAAAUAUUCAUUGUUGAAUUAUUGAACUCAAUGUUGUGGAUAUGUGCAAUGGUAUAUUAUAGAAGCCGUGUUGUUGAUGCGAAUGGAUUUGCAUCGAAAUCACCAAAACUACGUCGGCUUGGUGGAAUUAGACGAGGAUGUGUGAUGUACGUAGGUGUUUUUUGGAGUGGGGUUUCUCCUAGUUCCAGAGGUAAACUCUGUUUCUGGUUUAAGCUGUGAAUUUUUGUAGAAAAGUUGCUUUCUCUUUGUUAAGUGAUGGGGAAGAUGUAGAGUUGCUUAUGAAAUGUGAUUGUUCAUAUAAUAUGUCUAUAUAUAAUAUAUAGACCCUCAUUCUUCA